AUGGUACCAACUAAUCCAGCUCAAUUUCUCCUUGGUACCAAUCAUGGUAUCAUUAUCAAUUUCGUUUCAAGCAAAGCAACCAAAUUGAUUGGUCCAAGAAUAUAUCGGAAUGAUUUUGAAAUGGUAGCAGAGGUGAUGUGUAUUAGUUUCUCCUCGGAAUCAACCUUCUUUUUGGCUGGAUUCUCGAACGGCUACAUAUCAUUAUAUGAAAUUUCUAAUAUACAACCACUUUUGAUACUGGAACCUGCCGAACAAGCAAAGCAAUCAUUAUUACGAGUGUUUUUUGCGCCAAGUAAUCCUACCUUAUUCUAUGCGAUUCAUAGCUAUGGGCUUUUGCUAGUAUGGGAUUUAGCCAAAAGUAAGAAGCCAGAAUCUAUGGAUGACCUGAAUUUGAAGGAUGGCUCCGAAGUAACUACAGCGGAAUUAUGGCAAUAUGUCGCUAUCUCAAGCAAUUCAUAUACAAAUCUUUUGGCUAUCGGUUUCAGUAAUGGUGAAGUCCAUUUACAUGAAUUGUCGAAAUUAUCCACCGAUCGUGAUAGCAGAAAACGGAAUAAAUCACUGUCAAAUGCUAUCAAAGUAUUUAUGGAUACAUAA